AUGAAGAGUUCAAGGAUGAAUCUACUAACAUACCUAGGACUGUUUAUAAUUAUUGCUGAUUGUCAAGUUAAAGGCCUUACAGUUGGUGGCAUAUUGAAUACAAUAUCAAACAUACUGUGGCCCAGUUCCACAAAGCCGCCAACCACACUAUUGACCACUAGCGACCCAACAAAAGUUAGUAUAACAGAUAUGCUAUCACUGGACACAAAUAGUAAUUCUGUGACUGACAGCCCCAAAGUUACUCUUUUUAUGAUAGGGACAGGAGAUCAGUCAUACACUUCUUCUUUUACUGAGCAACUUAUGACAUCAACCUUUACUCAGCUAAAAAGCUAUGCAACAAUUGGCCCCACAAAGGCUUCUAGUACAGAUGCCACUGUACACUCAGCAUUGACCUCAAGCAGUAUUACUUCUUUUAUUACCAAAAAUCCCAUCUUAUUGUCAUCAGCAAGUAACACAGCAACUACUUCAUUUAUGGAGACAAGUAACCAACCUUCACCUUCUUCCAGGGGUGUCACAAGCGGUAUAUUAUAUCCAGUGUACUCAGCACAGUCCUCUUUUACUCCAUCAAAUGAUAAUAUCUUAACUAUACCAUCUGCCAGAACUGGGCUCAGUGUUAAAUCUAUGUCAACAAAAUCUUUAGGUAAUGGAAUUACCGCUGAGUCAACUAACAGUGUACUUAGAUCUUCCAGAUCCAGUACAUAUCCAGAACUAACCAAAAACAUAGCCACCUCACCCAGUAAUGGGAUCAAUGUGAUAACUUCAACAGUUGCAAGUACUAUGCAUUCACCAUCAACCAGCAGCACAGUUGCAUCUUUAAAUACUGAUCCAAACACGCAAAUUAAAUCAUUCAGUACCACAGCCAAAUUUUUUUCAAAGCCUGAGUCAGGUGUUACCACAAUACCAUCUUCUAUUAUUGUUACCAAUACUGCACCACAAUUGUCCAGAAGUCCAAUAAUUUAUUUAAGUCCUGUAACCAGUAUUCAACAUAGGCCAUCCAGCACAAUUUCAUCUUUAAAUACUGAAAAUAUUACUGGACGUGAAAAAAUCAGGAAUUCUAUGUCCUCAUACAAUUCUAAAACCAAUUUUCAGCAUGAGUUAAGUAGCAGCGCUUUAACAUCUUCCAAUUUGGGAGCAAAUAUUCAAUCUGAAAAAAAUAAAGGUGAUAUACCUUAUUUUACUACUGGGACUAGUGUUCAAACUGAGCCAACAAGAGGUGACCUGUCUUCUUCUGAAACCAUACCUAAUAUGCUGUAUGAAUCAGCCACUGGCACACUCACCAGUAACAGAAACAGUUUUCAUCCAGUAUCACCCAAAAGCACAGCAAUCCCUGUCAACAAUUUCACCAGUUUACAUCCUGAACUAUCAAAGAGCAAUGUGACCUCUUCAACCUCUGUGUCCAGUAUCCAGACUAAAAUUACCAGAACCACAUUUAUAUCUUCAAGUGCCAAUAUCAAACCAAAGCUUACCAAGAGUUCAAUGAUCCCUUCAAGUAUAUCUGAAAUUUACCAUAACACAAUGACUUUUAACAGUUCUGAGACCAGCAACGAACCUGAUUUAUCCAGUGAAAUGUAUUCUGAUACUGGAACUGACACAAUUCCUGUGACUUCUUCUAAAAUAAGAAUUAGCAAUCUACCUAUAUCACCCAGCAGGGUAAAGUCAUCUUCCACAAGUAAUAUAAGCAAUAACAAUAAAUUAACUCUCACAAGCCCUGUAACCAGUGCCAACAUUCAGUUUAGGUCAAAUGGCACAGUAACCAGUUUCAAGCCUGAUGUAUCCAGUACUUCAGUUAUUUAUUUCAGUGCUGAAACAAGUAAACCCUCAUACAGAAUAGGGAGUAUUAGUACAACAACAAGUACUGGAAUCAAUAUUGGAUCUAAAUUGUCAAAUGGUUCUGUGCCCUAUUCCAGCGCUGUAACCAGAUUUCACUCUAAGGCUUAUAGUCCUUCAAUUACUGUCAGCAUGCAAGGAAUAUCAUCCACUAAACAAAUGGAAUCUUCCUUUACUGGCAUCAGUAUUCGUGACCAAUUAACAGGCACAGUGACCUCUGGGAAAACAAUUCAGCAAAAUCCACCGCUAAGUAAAUUUGCCUCUCCCAUUACCUGGGCAAGCAAACAAACCAAGUCAUCUUUUAACGUGCCAUUUACCUUUACUGAGACUAAUACAAAAUUUGAACCUAGUUCUGGGAUCAGAACUCAUCCUGAAACAUCCAGUAGUAUAACACCAUUUUACAGUAUUUGGAACAAUAAUGACCCUUUAGCAACAAAAAACAACAUAGUCUCCAACACUGAACCCAGAAUUCAGUCUGAAUUACUAACAAGCACAGGAACAUUAUCCAGUGCCAACACCAGUAUGCAACCUAAAGCAGUGAGUAGUACACUUUCCUCAUCUAGCAGUGGGACCAAUGUUCAGUUUGAGACCUCUAGUGGUGCACUAGACUCUCCCAGUAGUGUAAGUAAAAUGCAGUCUGAAGUGUACAUUUCUGCAACUAGUAUUCACCCUAAAACACUGAGUAGUAUGAAAUCCUCUUCCUCUACUUUGACUAAUAUUCAACCUGAAUUACCAGAAAGCACCAAGAGUUCCUUCACCGUUGAGUCCAUUAUCAAAUCUGAAUUAACCAAAAGCACAAUAUCUCCCAACACAAAGAUAAACUUCAAACCAAAAGCAACGUUACCCAGUAUUUGGAACAUUCAGUCUUCCAGGUCUUUAAUCACUAUUCAUCCUAAAUUAAACAGCAACACUCCAGCAAAGUCCCUUUCCAGUAUUGGAAUUAGUACUCAACUUUUGUCAUCUAGUGAUUCACUGACCCCCUCCAGUUUUGGGACAAAUAUUCUAUCAGAAAAUGUAAGAAGUGACAUAGCCACUUCUAUUUUUGGGCACCGUAUUCAGCCUGAACCAGACAGUAGUACCAAGAAUUUAUAUAGCGUUGGAGUCAGUAAUAAGCCUGAAUCACUAUAUACUGCAUUGUUCAGUACUAAAUCAGGCAGUAGAAAAAUAACCUCUUCUCCUGCUAAAUCAACACAGCAAUAUUACAGAACUGAAAUCAGCACCUACAAUGGAUCAUCCAGUAGCUUGCUACGAACGUCUAAUCCUAACAUUGCCCUGGAAUCUUUCAGCGCUGGGGUCAGUAAACAGUCUAAAACAGACAGCAGCUCCGCAAUUAUUUCUGUUCCUGCCACUAAUCAUCAGCGCAGAUCAACCAUUGGUGCAACAACAUUUUUCAAUAAUAGGACAAAGUUUCAGUUUGCAUCCCUUAGUAGUACAGUGAUUCCUUCCAGUACCAGAGCCAGUAAUCAGCCGAAUUCACAUAGCAAUGGAGUGACCUCAUAUAUUGGUUCGAGUUCUCACGUCAACUUUUACAGCACCAAAAACUACAGUGCUACAGUGGAUAGAGGGAUAAAUGGACAAACUGCUGCUGCCACAGAAACAGAUAAUGUUCUCCUUGCUUGGCAAAUCAUCCUCAUCUCCUUGGCAGCUGGACUUGCAACUUUUACUCUUGUGGGGGGCACUUUCCUGGUUAAUAGCAUGGCUGCAGAACCCGUCUCCUACUUUAACUCCCUUGCUUUGGGAAUUGACUUUGGUUCAUGGCUUACUAAGUAUGCCCACUCUUUCUGA